ACACUGAAUAGUGACCAGUCAUCGCCUGUCGUUCUGUCGCGCUUACCGUUCGCGAUUUACAUAGCUGAGUUGAUAUUAUUAUUGUGGUGUGCUCGUUAACGUCUGUUGCUAGUCCGUGUUUGUUCAUUGUAAUCUUUGUAUAUUGACGUUACCGCCAAAAUUAUGUCCAUCUGCACGUUUUUAGGCAAGUACAUUUUGUACUUGUUCAAUCUAUUGUGUCUCAUUUCCAGUGUUGGAAUUUUGUCAAUUGCAUUCAUUAUCAAUCAAAAACUGUACAAAUGGUCAAAUUUCAUAAGCACUGAUCUCAUCACCGCUCCUCAAAUAUUGUUGGCCAUUGGUAUUGGAUUGUUAGUUAUUUCCAUCAUAGGUCUGUGUGGUGUGUUGAGAGAUAUUGGAUGGCUUUUGACACUGUUUUCUGUUCUGCUUACAAUUGUUUUGAUUGGAGAACUCAUUUUGUCCGGUUUUUUGUACCAAAUGCGCAAUGAAAUUAAAGACUAUGCAUUGAAUCAGAUGAAUCAUACUAUUUCUGAAUACAAUAAAACUGGCUAUGAAACUUCCACAAAAACUUGGAAUUUGAUACAGUCUGACAUUGAAUGCUGUGGAAUUUAUGGACCAGAAGAUUGGAAACUAGUUACACCUAAUAAACUGCCUACAUCUUGUUGUUAUGCCAUACCAGUAGAUGGAUUUUGCACAGAAACUGAAUCAUAUAAAGAUGGAUGCUUUAAAAAGUUUGAAAGUAUUCUACAAGAAAAUAGUGAAAUAAUAAUAUGGACAGCAAUUGGUUUUGCUUUAGUACAGCUUUUUGCUGUGUUUUUAGCGUGUUGUCGCAAGUGUUCUUUACACAAAGAAUAUGAAACAGUGUAAACAUAAUUAUCAUUGAAGUAUGUAGUUAUUAAUAGAGCUAUAUAAAGAAUAUGCACUAUUAAUCCCAAUAUAUCAUUACUUCCAAUAUUUCUAUUUCUUUUGUUUAUAAAUUAUCAUGUGUUAAGAUUUUAACUGAUAUGACACUAUGAUAUAUUAAAUUAUUAUUU